UACCGCCCCUCACCCGGAUAUCGAAUGAGCCUGGAAAGUGGGAGGGCCCUGGAGAGGCGGGGCCGGAAGUCUAUCGGGCUUCAGUGCCACGUCUGCGGUUCUUGUGGCCUUGUCAGUGAGUUGUGGCCCGCACUGCCUUACUAGGAUGGCGGACUGGACUCAGGCCCAGAGCUCUGAUGCUGUGGAGGAGAUUCUAGAUCAGGAGAACAAGCGGAUGACUGACAGCCUUGCCUCCAAGGUUUCCAGGCUUAAAUCGUUGGCCCUGGACAUUGAUAGGGAUGCAGAAGACCAGAACCAGUACCUGGACAGCAUGGACUCAGAUUUCACAAGUGUGACUGGCCUGCUCACGGGGAGUGUGAAGCGGUUCUCCACAAUGGCACGGUCUGGACGAGACAACCGGAAGCUUUUGUGUGGCAUGGCUGUGGGCCUGCUCACGGCCUUUUUCAUCCUUUCUUACCUCUUGUCAAGGACAAGGACGUGAAUCAGUGGGAGCCAAAGAUUCUAGGAUCUUCUCCACCUGGUAUCUGGACCUCCUAAGGACUCACCUGCAAAAUACUACUUUGAAAUCACCACCAUGGGUCAGAAAUCUUUUUCCUGUGUGGAGGGGCCUCUUGACCUAGCCAUCAAGUUGGCUAAUCCCCUGUGGAAGGGUAUUUUCCCUUUGGAAAAAUAAGACCCAGCCCCUACCUCUACUCGGGAAUUAGAGAUAUUGGUCAGGCUGGGGCUACAGUGCACCAGGACCAGCCAGGUCUUGAGUAGAGCAGCUGUGAGUACUGAAUAUACUCACAUGGCCAGCAGCCCUCCUCCCAGCCCUCAGGGUCUGAAGUUUUAAGACUCUUUUGUGCUAUUUGUUCCUGGGUGAGGACAUGUCUGAUUUUACUGAGAACCCUGGGACCACCACAGGAAGGGACAGUGACUGUGACCCCAAUAAGAGCUGGCUUCUAGGGGCUGGGGAUUUAGCUCAGCGGCAUAAGCGCCUGCCUUGAAAGCAGGCAGUCGUGAGUUCGAUCCCUGGUACCGAUAAAAAGGAAAAAGACAAAAAAAAAAAAAAAAAAGCUGGCUUCCUCACCUGCAGGUGCUCAGCACGGAUGUGACAGCUAUUCCUGGCCAAGAGUGUUGAGCAGAGGUGGUCUGAUAUGGACAAGUAUGAAAAGUGUGGGCUGUUAAUGAAGGCAUGGACUAUACAGCCUUGGCUGGAUACACAGGGCUGGUUUCCCUUUUGCAUCACAGCGCUGUGUUCAGGAACAGAAAUGGAUGUCCUCGGGAUUCAGAACCUCUCCAGUGCUAGAGAUGUACCCCGGGAGAGCUAGUCUGGCCUUCAAAGUCAGAUGGAGUGUUGGGGAGAUUUUCCUUCAGAGGGCUUUCAUGGAGCUGAAGGCUGCCUAGAGAGGCCACUGUGGCAUUUAUAGCAGAACAUAUCCCCUGCUCCACAUUGCUGCCUACCUCCCAUAGCUAGUCUCCCCUUGCAGUGGGGAUGCUCUGAGCUACCACCUCUCCUUCAUGCAAAUUGAACUGAACUAUGAAGCCGGCAGGGCCAGCAAUUUCUGAGAGAGUGGUACUUUUGUCUUCACAUAAAGGACCUUUAAGUAGUGAACUGUGCAGCUUUGGGCCCUUCUAACCAUAUUCCAGUCUGCCUUCCAGGUACUUCUACCCUCUCCAGCACUAUUAGCUCACUGUCUGCCUCCCCAUAUUGCCACACUGUGAGGCUUGUCCAGCUAGAAGUUUUCCUCUGAGUUCUGGGUUGACUGAUCACCCAUAGUUUGCCUUAUCAUCAUGGUCCUUCCCUGCUUCCUCUGCAGGCCCAGCUACCCAACUGUCCUCUUCCUCUACACAGCAUGUCUGCCUUUCCACAGACAUGCUCACACACCCCCUCUUUUCAUCUUCUGGCCCUUCCAUUCAGUCUGACUGAGUCCCUGCUUCACUUGGGAGAGGAAGAUUCUCCUUUUUGUUUUGACUUCUUCCCCUCUUAGUGCAUACUCCUUUUUCAGUGCCUCAGCUUUUCUGUGACUUCACUGUUUCCUUGACAACCCCUCCUGGUAGGCUAGUCUUGCUUGUAUUCCCCUCCUUGCUCUGGCAGCCUGAUUGCUUAGUCUUUUGCUGUCACCAAAUGGGAUUGCUGCCUAUGUUAUGUCCCUAUGUGAUCACUGCAGACACAGUAGAGGGUACAUUCACAAGCUCUACAUCUUCCUGGCCACACACUGCUGACUUCCAUUUCCUCUGAAUAUACCAUGGCCGAAUUGAGAGACAAAGGCAGAUCCCAGAUCCACAGAACACUCGCUGUGGUCAUUGCCUGCUUAUUUUGCUGGUGCAGAGUAGAAACUUAAGACUUGCAUUUUGGGGUGACAUUCCCCUGGAGAACUUUUGCCACCUCUGUGUAACCUUGGUCACUUCAUUUUUUCCUCAGGACUCUUGGUUGUUUGCAGCCUUUUUGGCUGUCUUUGGUCUGUGUGUUGUCAUUCCUUCCCAGUUAGCUUUUUUUGUUUCUCCUGGUGUCUUAAUCCUGUGAAGUGGGAUGGCAGUUCUGCUACCACUGGAUCAAACCAGCUUCCUGAGAGUCCAUAAUCCUAGUUCUCUAGCUUGGCCUUGUAUACCUGACACCUGGCCCACUGGGUAAGUGGAGUUUGCCAACUUGGUCUCCAACACUAAUAAACCAGAAAAAGACUCAGUGUGAGGAUUGUGAGCUGCCAGACUGUGUCUCAUAAGAACAUCUCAGCAAUAAAAUGUGGAAUAAACUGCUUUGUGAAGAAGGUA